CAGGCGCCAAAUAGAGUCGACCACUGUUUUCAGGUGCUCCCUUACGUUCUUCUCAAUCUGCCCUUCGACCUUAACCUGACCUGGUAGCCUUUACUACCCGGAGACAAAGCGGCUGCCUAUCCUCUCUGAACCAUCCACGUAUUCAAGGUGCUUCUACGAAGAGCAGACCGCGCAUUGCAUACAGCCUCAGCGCAGCCCCCACCACAGCGAAGCACGCGCCUGCCAACGCAGCUCAUAUCGAGUGACGUCGCCAGUCAAUACUCGAGAUCUGUCGUGAAACUCUAGUAGGAAGAGGCCUCCAGGCCAGAGGCAUACAGUAUGGGACAAAAACAGUCCAAAUUGUCGCCGCAACAAUUGGAGGAACUGCAGAAGUCGACACAUUUUGACAAGAAAGAACUGCAACAAUGGUACAAGGGAUUUCUGAAGGAUUGCCCUUCUGGCACGUUAACGAAAGAAGAGUUCCAAAAGAUUUACCGACAGUUUUUCCCUUUUGGCGAUCCCAGCUCCUUCGCAGACUACGUCUUCAAGGUGUUCGACUCAGAUAAGAGUGGUACGAUUGACUUUAAGGAGUUCAUAUGCGCGCUGAGCGUAACCAGCAGGGGCAAGAUGGAGGACAAACUGGACUGGGCGUUCCAACUAUAUGACAUCGACGGAGACGGGAAGAUCAGCUACGACGAGAUGCUGGCCAUCGUCGAGGCAAUCUAUAAAAUGGUGGGCUCUAUGGUCAAACUCCCAGAAGACGAAGAUACGCCCGAAAAGAGAGUACGGAAGAUUUUCCGGAUGAUGGACAAGGACGAGAAUGGAAGCCUUGACAUGGCCGAGUUCAAAGAGGGAAGCAAACGUGACGAGACCAUCGUCUCGGCUUUGUCGUUGUAUGACGGCCUGGUAUGA